AUGACAGAACCAACGGAGGUGGGCGAGCGAGAAACGUCGCAAUCUCUUCGCCGCGCCGCUGUGCGAUCUGCCCUCUCGGCCUCCAGAGCCGUUUCGGUCAAGACCACCUCUGCUCCCUUCGCUUUCUCCAUCGUCAGAGCCGCCGCGGUUUCCAGAGCUGUCCCUGUGCAAGCUGUGCGGUGGUAUUCCCAGGAGCCCACUUCGCAAGACCCAUUGUCGCAGGACGUCACCGAGGAGGCACAUGAGGCCGAGGAGAACAUCACAGAGCAAACCCAAGAAGAACGCCAGCCCAGGAGGCAGCUCGACAAGUCGAGAGCCAUCUUUGUGCGCAACAUGGUGUUUGAGGUCAACGAGCAGCAUCUGAAGGAGGCCUUCGAGACAUACGGCGAGAUUGAGGACACCUACGUUGCCCGCGACCCCCGGGGUAUGAGCAGAGGAUAUGGCUUUGUCACCUUCAAGGACGCCUCCGCCGUCAGCGCUGCGUGCGCCGCUGUCAACGGCUCUUUCUGGCAUGGACGCCGGGUAACCUGCAUUCCCCGCAGAGACGAGGAGCAGACACCCCGUGCCCGCGAACAGAACAGGACGCCUAAUCCCCCCACCAAUCAACUUUUCGUCGGUAACAUCCCCUACGAGACCACCGACGCCGAGCUCAACAACCUCUUCGCUGGCCUCUCGAACGUCACCGACAUCCGUAUCGCUGUCGACCGCACCACCGGCUGGCCCCGGGGCUUUGCCCAUGUCGAUUUUACCGACGUUGCUUCUGCUGAGGCUGCCAAGGAGAAGCUGGCCGCCACCAACCUUGGUGGCAGACAACUGAAAAUCGACUUCGCUACCGGUUACGGAAAGGGUGAGCGCACCAACAACAAAAGCUUUGGUGGCCGUGGUGACCGUGGUGACCGCGGAGACCGUAGAGACCGCGGCGACCGCAACGACCGUCGCAGCAAUGACGGCUUUUAAGAUGGGCCGCCCAACCCUCGUUGAUAAUGACGCAAAUACCCCUUUUUUCAUGUCGGCCCCGGAUGGUGGGCGGAGGUUUCAUUCUUGUCGUGAACGAUGGGAGGUAGCCAGAACUGUGUAAAAUACCAUGAUUUGUGUUUAUGCCGAGAUGCUUUCUGUUAUAAAUUGGCGAAAGAUAGACUGUAAGAUUAUGUUGUGUAGCAAUAAUAUGCUCUCUCCAAGACUCCCACCUCUCUUUUGC